AUGUCGCGCCCGAGCAUCAGCGACCUCACCGACGACAACGACAUCGCGAAGCUCGCGCGCGAAACAUGGCUGUCCUCAUCCGCGCCUCCAAAGGUGCUUCCACAGACACUCGGCCAGCUGUGGAAGCUCGUUGAAGACGAACAAUUCUCACAAUUCUCCCUCCUCCUCCUCGAACAACUGCAGACCGUCGAACGAUACCUCUGGCCAGGAUACACCGACGAUGCCUCCAACCAACACGUUUUAUUGCUGUGUUUGCUGGCCAACACCAAGCGACAGGAACAUCUCCCCGUCUGGCCUCUCUUCACUUCCAAUCCGGACGGUUUCUCGAGUUUCUUUCAGCGAGUCAUUCAUCUCAGCAUCGACACGUCGGUCGCGACCAAUCUGAGGACUUAUCUCCUCACAUUCGUCGUUGGCGCAUUCCAAAGCCUGGACCAUGGCAUUGUGAGGAAGGAAUGCGCUCCGUUGGUUUCAAUUGGCAUCUGGCACAACCUGCACAGCGCAACUUCAAGAGAUGCGCGUUUGGCAAAGAGCGUGCAGUUACAAAAGGCGUGGCGAGCGGCAGGGAAGAAGUUUGACAACGCGGACGGCGCAGGGCAGGCCAGAUUGAGGUUGGAAAGGAGUUGGUUGCACGCUCUGCUGCUGAAUUUCUUCGACAUGCUAUACAAUACGAAAGCCACGGCAGACCAGCGACAGGACAACACACGGUAUUGCGAGCGUUUACUCGAGUUGCUCGCCGAUUUGCAAAGCCAACUUCCGACGAGACGAUAUGUGAACACACUGCUGCAUGAUCUCAAUCUGCUCACGGUCAUCAAACUGUCGCCCGUCUUCCAAGACGAGGAAAGUCUCAGGGAAAUGUACACUUUGCUCGAACACUAUAGUCUGUUCCCAAUUGAGGAUCAGACCGGUCGACAGUUGGGCAGGCAGGAGUAUGAGGGAGAGCAGAAUGCAAGAAUAUCGCGGCUGCAGAAGGCAGCGCAAAAGCUGCAGCCGGAGAAGUUGAAGAUCUUGGUGUUGCAAAACUUCGGCGCUCUGUCGCAACGGGCAGAGCUCCAAGGCCACCUGGAAGCCUUGGCCGAUGCUGAGCUGAUCGCGCUGUGCCAGGAGAUGGACUUACGAACUUUGGAGUAUCCUGAAUCUUCUCUGCUGGUCCGCGAUCGCGCCUUCCUGGUCGAAUCGCUUGUCUCGUCGCUCGAAGCAAGACCAUACUUUACGGAAGAAUUGCGAUAUCUGCCAGUCCUCCCCAGCGAGGCCGUCCUUUACCAUCCCGCCAUGCUGCGUACGGACGGACACAAUGCAUCUGAACCGCUCCCAAUUCCCAAACUAAACCUACAAUACCUCACAAUCGGCGACUUCCUCUGGCGCUCAUUCGUUCUGUAUCGUCACGAGGCAUUCUACGAGAUUCGAAAACAUCUUGAAGAUACCGUCAAGCGAUUACAGCCACGGAAAGGAGGAGGCGUAACACGAUUUGAUGGCUUCUCCCGCAUGGCCAUUCCCAUCAGCAAGCCUGCAGUCGUUGAUGCUCUGCCACCUCGUGUAGGCGAGACAACCCCGGCCGAGGUCAAGGUCGAAAUCAUUCUGGACGUAAGCAGACUGCAACCUGGUUUACGGAGAGAGUGGGAAAGUCUCCGGCCCGAUGACACAGUCUUUCUUUUGGCUUUGCACCCUGAGGAGACCUCGACAAAAUUGACAAAUGGCGGCUCAAAGCACUCUCCAGCUGAAGCGAUCGGUCUGAAGGAUAUUCGAUGCGCCGAUGUUAUCAGCGUUCUCGACGACAAUGGGAGACCUCUGAGACAGAACCAACAUGUGCAGAGCAACGACGAUCAGUCGCGACCGAGACAACGCCGGCUACUACUUCGAAUGGACGCAGCUUCGUACAAAACGGACAAAGCGCGAGCGGACGCUGGCAAGGGUGAGGUGUAUGAGCACAUCAAUGUCAUUGUGCGGAGACGUGCUAGGGAGAACAAUUUCCGACCAGUCCUAGAGAGCUUGAAACAGCUCGCUCUGUCAGACUCGCCGGUACCAUCGUGGCUGCAAGAAGUGUUUUUGGGCUAUGGAGAUCCAUCAUCUGCCUCUUACAAGCGCUUACCAAACCGCCUCAAGAGUGCUGACUACCGCGACACGUUUUUGGACUGGCAGCAUUUGAUUGAAUCACUUCCUGGGAAGACGGUAGAGCCUGAAGCUUCUCAGAAUGGCAUCUUCCCACCUCCGUAUAUUCUGGAAGCUACGGACAGCCAGCCGCCACCACCACCCACCAAGAGCAAAAAGAGAAGACGCGAUCAACCUGACGGACCAGAGCCAGCGCCCACUGCAGAAACAUUCAAGGUCUCGACCUACCAGCCCGCAAACACUGGCCCAUACCCAAUGGACGCCCCAAGGCUCAAUAACGUCCGAUUCACUCCGACUCAAAUCGAGGCCAUCACUUCUGGUACACAGCCAGGUCUGACGAUGAUUGUUGGACCGCCUGGCACCGGCAAGACAGAUGUCGCGACCCAGAUCAUCAGCAACAUAUAUCACAACUUUCCGCAGCAGAGGACAUUGCUGAUUGCACACUCAAAUCAAGCCCUCAACCAGCUGUUCCAGAAAAUCGUCGCUUUAGACAUUGAUCAACGGCAUCUGCUAAGAUUGGGCCAUGGAGAGGAGGAAUUGAUGACAGAGGCGAGCUUCAGCAAAGCGGGCCGAGUCGAGUCCUUCUUGGAACGCGGAGGCUAUAACCUUGCGGAGGUGCAGAGGCUUGCCGACAGCAUCGGUGCCAUUGGAGCUCAUGGCAGCAGUUGUGAGACGGCUGAGUACUUUGAUCAGGUCCACGUACAGCCGCGAUGGAAGCGAUACUGGGAGGAAGUGUCAAACGCUGAUCCGUCAAGCGUGGAGGAGAUUGUGGUUGCGUUCCCGUUCCACAACUACUUCGCCAACGCACCUCAACCGCUUUUUCCAGCUGAUGCCGGACGCGAGAAGUUGGUUGACAUUGCGAAGGGCUGCGAGCACCAUAUUCGCCGCCUCCUCGACGAGCUUGCUGACAUUCGACCAUUCGAAAUUCUCCGCGCUCAGCGAGACAAAGCCAACUAUCUGCUCGUCAAAGAGGCACGAAUCAUUGCCAUGACAUCGACUCACGCGGCUAUGCGCCGACAAGAGAUCGCUGGUCUCGGGUUCCACUACGACAAUGUGAUCAUGGAAGAAGCUGCGCAGGUCACGGAGGUCGAGAACUUUGUGCCAUUUGUUCUUCAAGCUCCUCGUACACAAGAUGGAAAGGCGCCAGAGUCGCAGAUUCAAAGGAUCGUUCUCGUCGGCGAUCACCUCCAGAACUCGCCUGUCAUCCAGAACAGGGCUCUCAAGGACUACGCAAACUUGGAGCAGUCCCUCUUCCAACGUCUCAUUCGCCUGGGCGUCCCUCACACCACCUUGAAUGCCCAAGGUCGGUCACGCCCAUCCCUUGCAGCUCUCUACAAGUGGCGGUAUCCAUCACUCGUCGAUCUUCCCUUCACCUCGACAUCUCCCGAAUUUCUCGCAGCCAACGCUGGCUUCCGAUACGACUACCAAUUCAUCGACGUUCCAGACUACAAGGGCUCCGGAGAGAGCGAGCCCUCUCCGCACUUUCUUCAAAAUCUAGGGGAAGCCGAAUAUGCAGUGGCUCUCUUCCAGUUCAUGCGUCUCCUCGGCUAUCCCGCCGAGAAGAUUAGCAUCCUCACCGCCUACGCUGGUCAACGCGCUCUGAUCAAGAACGUCCUCGACCAUCGCUGCAAGACAAACCGACUCUUCGGUCUGCCCGGUUGGGUCGGUACUGUCGACAAGUACCAGGGUGAGCAGAACGAUUACAUCAUACUCUCCCUUGUUCGCACUACAUCGCCCGGCUACCUGCGCGACCUCCGGCGCUUGACCGUCGCGCUGAGUCGUGCCCGAUUGGGACUAUACGUGCUGGGCCGAAGGGAAGUUUUCGAGUCCUCGCUCGAGCUGAGGGAAGCUUUCGCGCCGUUCUUUGCACGGAGUCAAACAUUGGAGCUCGUCACCAAUGAGAUGUUCCCUACAAUGAGACGCGCCGACGACGAGACUGGUCAGGUCAACGGAGCCGCCAUUUGUACGACAACGAUGGAGGGCGUAGAGCAUCUGGGACAGUAUGUUUUUGAAAUGACGAAAGCAAAAGUCCAGGCUUUGAAGGCCGGAGGUGGGGCGUUGCCGCCGCCUGCUCAGACGAAGGAGCUGCCAGUCGAGGAUGGUGAGGAGGACGAGGAAGAAGACGAUGGUGAGGACCUGGCAAUAAAUGGAGAUGAACCGGACGAUUCGGAAGUUCAGCUAUCGUAA